AUGGCUAUUCUUGUAACGGGCGGAGGCGGCAUGACCUCCAAGGCCGUAGCUUCGCAGCUCAAGGACGCCGGUAUCCCCUUCGUUGUGGGAUCUACCCGCGGCACCAGUGCAUCCUCCCCGGGGAUUGACGCCGUCAAGUUCGACUGGACCGACGAAUCGACCUUCCCCAUUCCCUUCCAGCACGAGUUCCCCGACGGCGAGAAGAUCACAGCGGUCUACAUCGUCCCUGGCCCCGUCCACUCUGCAGACCCAAACUCGGCUAUCAACGCAUUCGUGGAUUACGCGAUGAAGGCGCAUGGCGUGAAGCGGUUCGUGCUGUGCGGCGGGGUGGUGCUGAAGAAAGGAGGCCCCUGGCAUCUCGACGCUGUCUGGUCGCACUUCAAGGAAGUCGGCGCAGAGUAUAUGGUGCUUAGACCUACUUGGUUCCUCGAGAAUUAUUUGGACUGGUUCUUGCUCCCCCUUAAGAACGAGAAUAAAAUCUAUACGUGUGCUGGGGACGCGACUAUAGCUUUUAUUAGCGCAGAGGAUAUUGCAGCUUUGGCGAUCAGAGGUCUCACCUCCGAGAAACCAUUCAACUGCGAUUUCACCGUCCACGGUCCGGAAUUAGUGACGCACGACCAGCUGGCCGAGACAUUCAGCAAGAUUCUCGGGAGGAAGAUCGAGCACGUUAAGCUCACCGAGGAGAAAAGAGCGGCAAUCCUGACAGAGGCUGGGUUCCCUCCUACGUUCGCAAAGUUCGGCGCGUAUUUGGAGGCGAACAUAUGGGACACGGAGAUUGACGAUGCGACAGCGAGGGCCGCUGGGAAGAAGCUGAUGACAUGCGACGAGUUCAUCGAGAAGCAUAAGUCGGUUUGGUUAUAA